GUCCUGGAGAGCUUUAAGAUCAUGGACUACAGUCUCCUGCUGGGGGUUCAUGUUUUGGACCGGAAGCUUCUGAGCAGAGGAAGUCGAUGUGACAGCAGGAAGGGACAGAAAGUCCUCUACUCCACCGCCCUGGAGUCCAUCCAGGGGAACACCAAGGCCUCCGAACCUGUGGCGGAUGACGACACAUUUGGUGGAAUUCCUGCCAAAAAUAAAGACGAGAACUUUCUCAUCUUUUUAGGAAUCAUCGACAUCCUUCAGUCCUACAGGUUCAUCAAGAAGGUGGAGCACUCCUGGAAAGCUCUUGUACAUGAUGGGGACACGGUGUCGGUUCACAGGCCCAGUUUCUAUGCGGACAGAUUUCUGAAGUUCUUGGGCUCGACUGUAUUUAAAAAGAUUCACCCUUUGAGAGGAACAUCUUCAAAGAGGAAGAGGACCUCCAUGAAUGCAGCAAAGUCUGCCUCUCAGGAGUUUCUGUCCCCACACAGGGAGGAGAAGAAGGAGGAGAAGAAGGCCCAAAGUUUGGACAACCUGGAUGGAAACUUUUACAGUUCCUCCAAGCAGCCGGAUCUCCUUCCGAGAGUUUCUUUCAAGGCAAAUGAUGAAAAGGAAAUUGUUAACAGCAGUGAAGAGCGCCGAGCCUCCAGUUCGACCAUCGCUCUGGACGAUCCUCUGCCGUCUCUCAGCAGGAGUCAGUCGGACUCUGAACUGGACGUCUACUUGUAAGGAUCAAUCUGGACUUCUGAAUGUUGACCACCCAGUCCUACAUCAGGACCUCACAACAGUGUAAAUGUGUCACCAACUCUGUGCCUUUCCUUAGUCAAAGUUGAAGUGCCUAAUCGCUGGCUCUUUUGUAGGCAUCCCCUACUUUACAGAUACAGUCACUGAUCCACUGUGUCACUGCUAAACACUAUGAAGCUGUUUCUACUCCUGUUAUUUGCACUCUGCUGCUAAUUUUACAACAGUGCUAACGAGAAAAUUGACUUUGACUUCUACUUUUGGACCUCUGAAUUUCUGUGCAAAUCUUUGAAUAUUCUCAGCGGCUGGAUCCCUGAGGAAAUAGAUUUUCUUAAAAAUCAAAUGCAGGGAAAAUUAUUAUGUUAUUUUCAAAUUAUAUUAUUAUAAAGAGCCGUGUUGUCUAGAAUCUGAAAGAAAAAUGAAUCUAUUGAUACAUUCAAAUGUGUGUUAUAGUGUUUAUACCCUUAUAAACAUCAUCUAUAUGUGAUUUUAAAAUCCCAAUUUGCUUAGGUCAAUAUUAGCCUAUAUACUUAUUAAUAUAUUCUAUAUGUUGUGUGUAUUCUUUUCUUCAAAUAUGCAGAAUCUGCUGCCAUGUUGACAAACAAGUAUUUGCUUAUUUUGUGGUUAGAACAAGAUGUUUUAAUUUAAUAUUUUAUUACUAGCUUUACCUUUCCCUGUGUAUUUUAUCCUCUGGAGAAUGUGUUCAUCUCCACUGGGAUUUAUUCCAUCCUGGAAGUAAAUAAGUAGCCUAUGUUAUUUGUUUUGUCAUCUUUUUGCUUUUAAAAGAGUGAUUUUAUGUGAUUUAUAGGACUACAACUGUAUUAUAGCAAUACUUCCAACUUGUGUUUGUGAAAUAAAUCCAAUGUCCUAAAAAAGUCA